GAAGUGCCUCGGUUUGUUUAUAUUUUGACCAUCUGACUGUUUAUUAGGUUUUGGUUGAUGGAGUAGCUAAUAUUUAAUGUUAGACUUGUGUAUGAGGGAUGGAUUCCGACAGUGGUGAUCAUGAUGGCAUUGAUGUCACCUCCUGGGUGUCAGUGUGUCCCAGAGGCCUCUGGAAAGUCCAGCUAAAGCGAACACACAAUGGGAGUCAACAGACUUAUUCUGGAGAUGAAGCAUCAUGUUCAUCCAGAUACUGUCCAAGGUUGGGUUCACUGUGCCGAGUCCGAGUGCGGCUGAAAGCCGACAUGGACGAAGCAGACCGUUUAGUAUCUGAGCUGUCAGUCCAACCUGACCAGUCAGUCACUGAUGUCACAGAGGCCACAGCCUUCUCAAGGUGUCAGGACUCUGUGCUGCAGGUCCCACUGGAUGACUGGACAACACUGAGGCUAGGCGAGGGGCAGUGUGAUAUCACAGAAACAUGUGUGGAGAAGAUGAGAGCAGGAGACAAAUGUGAGAUACAGAUUUCUCCAGUGGGACCAGAUGUCUCUGUUCUCCAUCCUGCUGAGGAAAACCUGCCCAUAUGUGCCACAGUUGAACUCAAAGCUUUCACACCAGGCGAGGAAUCCUGGGAGGUGUGUCCUUGUGAAAAGUGGCAGCGGGUAAAGUCACACAAAGAGAGGGGUGGAGUGAGAUUCAGAGGUGGGGAUGUUUGGGGAGCUGCAGACAGCUACAGCCGAGCCCUCAAACUUCUCAUCACUCUCCAUUACCAUGUGAGAGAGGUGGAGCAAAAAGGACAAGAGCCAGAAGCAGAUGAGCAGAGAGACACAAGCACCGCUGAUAAAACCCAGCACCUUCCUUCAGCUGCUGAAUACAGAACAAUCAAAGCAGAGCUCCACUCCAAUCUGUCCUUGUGCCAGCUCAAACUCAACCAACCAGAGCGGGCUAAGGCCAGUGCAACUAAAGCUUCUCAGCUGGAACCAGGUGGGGCUAAAGCCUGGUACCGGCUAGGCCAAGCCUGCCAGAUGUUAAAUGAGCUGGAGGAGGCACGGCAGGCAUUUAGGAAACUGCUGGAGCUACAGCCAGAAUCACCUGCCGCUUUGAAGGCCCUUAAAGAUGUAGCAAAUAGAGAGAAAGAGAGAAAUGCACAGUUGGGAAUUCGACUCAGCAAAAUGUUCAGCUGAAUAGAUUGAAUAUUGGCAAUUUAUUAUCAGAUAUUAUCUGUACAACUGUAUGUUUCUCCUAUCAUUCAGCCACUGAGCUCAAAGGUAAAGCCUUGAAUGCAUGCUAUUCUUCCAACUUUAUGCUGCUUGUGUGUGAGAUGCCUGAAUGUAACUUCAAAGUAAGAACCAUGUGUUAAAACUUAUUUUGGAGUAAAUUGUGCACUUAUACAGGA